AUGAUGCAGCCAAACAAAAAGGUUCCAUAGAAAUAAAUUGCUGGUACUAUUUUACAUCCUUAAACCGUUUCUAUAGUUGCAAAUAAUUUUAUAAGCAAUCAAAGACCUCCUAGUGCAACUAGAUCAACAGUAGGACAGCCAAAUGUCAUAGGUAAUGCUCAAGGAGUAGGAAUCGCUGGAAUUGGAGCAGGCGUCAACAAAGGCUAAGCUGACUAGCUUGGCAAGGGCUUUAAUUUCAACGUUUAAGGAAAUGCUGGUAAGUCCAUUUCAAAUAGACUAACUGUUGUAAUUUUAGCUGCUCAAAAGGGAAUAUCAAACAGAGCAGGUGGGCAGGGCAUUCUUGACACAGGAGUGUAUGGAAGUAAUCCCAAUUUGGUUUCGAACAACAAUCAAGUAGCCACUAAAAUAGAUGUCUAGAAAUUAUCUUAGAAUGAGGAGGAUGAGAGAUACAGAUACUUGCUCAAAAACGGAAUAGUCCGCAGAGUAGAAGAUGAUGACAAGAUUAUUUUUGCUGAACUUCCUUAAAUACCAGGAGUCCUAGUUGUCUAUAGAAAGCCUUCUGAGAGAAAUGCAAACCCAGAGCGACUGAAUCUUGACAAGAGAGAUCUGACUCACAUGCCCUUACUUGAAGGAGAGGAAAGACUUAGAUUGUUGAAUCUCUAGCAUAAUCACAUUACUAAGAUUGAAAACUUAGUGUCACUGCCUAACUUGAUAUUCUUAGAUUUGUACAAUAAUCAAAUCAAGGAAAUCUCACAUUUGCAUACUAUUCCCACUCUAAGAGUACUCAUGCUUGGCAAGAACUAUAUCGAGAGAAUUAGAAAUCUAUAGAAUUUGAAUAAACUUGAUGUGCUUGAUCUGCACUCUAAUAAGAUUACAAAAAUUGAGAAUAUUAAUCAUCUCUCAGAACUUAGAGUGCUUAAUCUAGCAAAUAAUUUGAUUACAGCAGUUGAAAAUCUGAAUGGACUAAUUUCGCUAACAGAGCUUAAUUUAAGAAGAAAUUUAAUUGAAUCUGUCAAUGGACUUUAACACUGCCCAAGAUUGCAAAGAAUUUUCUUGUCCAAUAAUAGAAUCGAUAAAUUUGAGAAUAUUGGAAGUCUAAAAGAUGCUUCUUAAUUAUAAGAGCUCGCACUUGACGGUAAUCCAAUCUUCCAUCAUAAAGGUUAUUUCGAAUUCUGUUUGACUACUUGCCCUAAUCUAAAGCAUUUAGACCUUAGAAAGAUAACCUAAGACAUGAGAGAUACUAACACUAUGCCUAUCAAAGAUAAGAUAAUGCUGAGCCAUGGUAAAAAUGUAGAUGACAGUGGUGAUAAAAACACUAAUGGCAAUAUAAGUACAGAUAUUUCUCCUGAUAAACAGCUCUAAGGCAGUGGAGGAAACGCUAAUGAAGACAUUUCACCAGAGGGAUUGUUAGAAGUGAUCUCCUAAGAGUGGAAAAAUGAGAUGGAUAGAAUAAAGCAACUAGGGCUAAAUGGUUAUAAGCGCCGCAAGGAAUCUAGAAACGAGUGCUUAGUCUAGUCUGGGCACGCAGAGAUCGAAGGAGAUACCAUGCUUUUUAUCUAUGGAAAUGCACUUGAAGUCUUGAAUAACAGUGAGUUCUAAAAAACAGUUGAAUAAAUUAGCUUCCAAUAUGUUAGAUUCGACAACAUUGUAAGCCACUCUAACCUAAGCAAGCUAAAGAAGUUUAUGAAACUCAAGAAACUCAUCUUCAGCGACAACAACAUUCACAGUUUCAUUCAAAUCUCAAAGCUCGAAGUGUUGACCUCCCUUACAUGCUUGACCAUUGAAAACAACGAGGUCUCUAAUACAGUGCUAGUUAGGACAUUUAUAGUCUACAGAUUCCCCAAUGUCACCGAAAUAAAUGGAAUCAGUGUUACAGAUAGUGACAGACUCAAGGCAAGGCAGUAAUUCUAGCAUUUUGACAAAAUACUUUCAACUCCCAACAUAUUCUCUCCAAAAGUUGUGCAAGAUAAACCAAGUCAAGAAGAAAGCAAAGAGGAUAGACAUGCAGCGGCUAAAUCAACAAGAAUGUUAGCCAAGAAGAAUCAAGAGGCGUCCUAGAACUUCAUAACUAACCUGACACAAUACUGCGUAAACAGAGACUAAAAGGUAGAUGAGUUAAACAACAUCUGGGAAGACCAGUUUUUGAAGAUGAUAACAGGAGCAGUUACCGAACUAACAAAUACAGGACAACAUAUAAAUGAAAAGUUGAGAAUAAUGGUUUAUAAGGAAUGCGUCUGGGACUCCGAUGACGGAAAGACCUUAGUUCACAAUAAAAAAGCUAUCGAGGCAGCUAUGUUCCUAAUGUUUAUCACUUACACUGCUUGCGCCAUCGUUGCUGAGGUUAAAAGAGGGACAGCUGUUGCUAUACCUCUGAAGAGGUAUGUGAAUGAUGUAGCCUACAGCUAAAUCUUCUUCUUCAUAUGCGCGAUGCUUGUGCAGACCGUUGUGCCAAGAGUGUUUCCGAUUAUCUUGCUUUACAUCUACAUGUUCAUCAACAUUUUCCACCCACUGAUAUACAAGAGUCAAAAGCUUGUAGCCCUGAUGAUCAUACAAAUUCUGCAAGCUAUAAUCAUAUUCAUCCUGUUCAUCUUUAUUAUGGCUGAUGACUGGUGCUAUUUCUUCCUCUACAGAGGCAGCACAUGA